AUGGGUGCCGACGGCAAGGCCAACAUUCUGUUCGUUUGCCUGGGCAACAUCUGCCGCUCCACUAUGUCCGAGGGUGUCUUCCGUCACCUCGCCAAGUCAGCCUCACCUCACCCGCUCGUCGGCGAGGUUGACAGCUGCGGAACUGGCGCCUAUCACGUCGGUGACGGACCGGACUCGCGCACCAUGUCGACGCUCGAGGACCACGGCAUUACCGACUACGACCACUGCGCGCGCAAGUUCUCGUACCCGGACGACUUCCAUCGCUUCGACUACAUCCUGGCUAUGGACCGCGAGAACCUGAGCGACCUGCUGCGCCUGCGGAACAACCACGAGAAGAAGUUGAGGGCGGAGGGCCAGGAGGAGAAGAUCGCUAGGCUGGGCAAGGUCAUGCUAUUCGGAGAUUUCGGAGGCAGGAAGGGCGAGGUCGUGGAUGACCCGUACUACGGCGGCAGGAACGGAUUUGAGACGGCAUACAAGCAGGCGGUGAGGUUCUCGGAGGGCCUGUUGAAGCACCUUGAAGCUGAGAGUGCUUGA